GAGUGCACGCCCGAAAGAUGAUGGAACAUUUAGCUAAAAUGUUCACAAAGCACCACUCGAAAUACUUUUGCGCACUUGUGGUGUUCCACAGAUUCAGCUGUACUUCACUGAAGCCUAAUAGCCGUGACAGUUGACCCUGCCCGAAGCUGUAUCUGCAGGCAGCGUGACCGUAAUUGACGUUUCGCCAGUAGUUAUCGCUCCCGGGCGUAACGGUGUCAGUGCGGCGACGACCGCGAAGGACGGCCACUUACAAUUAGACCCAGAGGCAAACCGAGCACUGCCCAGCUGCCGACAAAAGAAGUGGUUCAGAGGUGGCUCAAUCGACGCCACCAGCUGUUCCGCGCAGUGCAGAAAGUGACGGCGAGAAGCAAGCUCGCUGUAUUUAUUGCUGUGUCGCAGCGUACAAGACCGCCUAGAGGUGCAGCUGGGCCAUGGGGCCGAGCGUGCGCGCCACUCUGGUUGUGGUGUCGCUGGGUGCCCUCACCGUCCUCUACCACAUCGCCUCCGUGGGACAGACGGGGCCGCCAGACUUCUUCCAGGUGCGCAAAAUAUCCGGUGGCGAAUACCUGGUGUCGAGCCCCAGCUGCCGCAUCCCGGACAUGCCGGCGCGCCACCCGUCCAUUAAGGGGCUGCUCAAGUCGGUGGGGCCCAUCGUGUGCUCGCGCCGGCCGCCGCCCAGCUACGUCGAGCGGCUGUCCACGGGCGCGCACGUGCUGCGGCUCGAGGACAAAGCGGCGCACUGCUGCUACCACAACGUCACCAGGCCCGCCGACCUCGACAUCGUCAAGACACCCGAUGAACUCUACAACCUCUCGGAGUGCAAGCCCAUCGAGAAUGGGGAGGCACGGUUGCUGCCUGAGGAGGAGUUCCUGCUGGUGAAGUGCGGCAAGGUGAUGGUGAACGCGCACGUCGUGGUCGCCGAGACGGAAGCUGUGCGCAGGCGCGUGGAGGCGCAGCAGGAGCAGGCUGCCCCGGGCCUCAGCGUGCUGCUACUCGGCAUAGACUCCAUGUCGCGGCUCAGCCUCUUCCGCACCAUGCCGCACACUGUCGAGCUGCUGCAGCGCCGUGGCUGGGUCGAGUACAAAGGCUACAACAAGGUGGGAGACAACACAUUUCCAAAUCUGAUAGCUCUUCUGACUGGGCUGAGCUAUGAAAAGGUCAAGAAAGUCUGUUGCAAGACAAAGGAAACACCAAUGGAUGACAUUCCUCUUAUCUGGAAGGAUUUUCAUCAACAAGGAUACAUAACUGCGUACGCUGAAGAUGAAGUAUUUAUUAGCACGUUCAACUACCAGAAAGGUGGCUUCAAGCAUCAACCUACAGACUACUAUCUUCGACCCUUUUUCCUUGCCACAAACAAGAAACUGAAAUCUAAAUCUACUGAUCAGUCAGCUACAUGUGCCGGGUCUCUUUCUGUUUCAGAACACAUUCUUAGGUAUGCAGUAGAUUUUGCAACUGUUUUUCAGAAUGCCUCAUAUUUUGCACUCUUUUGGGUGAACAAUUUUAGUCACGAUAACCUCAACACCCCUAGUGCUAUGGACAUUAAAAUCAUGUACCUCCUUCAAGAGCUGACAGACAGUGGUGUUCUGAACAAUACACUUGUACUUUUUUUCAGUGAUCAUGGAAUGCGCUUUGGGAAGAUACGAGAAACAGUUGUUGGUUGGUUUGAGGACAGACUUCCCUUCCUGUAUUUCUGGAUACCUCCUUGGUUUAGGAGUAAUUACCCUGAUGCCUAUAAGAAUAUUGUCACAAAUAGCAACAGACUAACAUCACCUUUUGAUGUUCAUGCGACUCUGAGAGACGUACUUGAAAGGGCAGGAAGAACAGACAGUGAAAUGAGUGUCAAAAAUGCAAGUCUUGAAUGCCCAACGUGUAACAGUCUCUUCAGGGAAAUUCCCUAUGAUAGGAAAUGUAAGGAUGCAGGUAUUCAGCCUCACUGGUGUGCAUGCACAGAGUACAGGACGGUGUCUACCAAAGAUACUACCAUGCAGGCUUGUGCAAAAUAUGCACUUUCUGAGCUGCAGUCUAUGUUAGAUGCUGCAAACAAGGAGAGAAAAGUGAAACUUUGUGCUGAUUUGAAGUUGAAACGAGUAGUUGAAGGGAAAAGCAAUGAUCUAGAUAUUAAAGCAGAAACGGAUCAUGUGGACUACGUAGUUGUGUUUCAGACUACGCCUGGUGAUGGACUGUUUGAAGCAACUGUCAGACACUUCCACAAAGAUCCAGCAUCUUUCAGUCUCACAGGACAAAUUAGCAGGCUAAAUAUUUAUGCCAAUCAAAGUAGGUGCAUUUCAGAUGCUCAUCUGAAGCUUUACUGUUACUGUCUAGAUAAAAAAGUGUGAUUCACAAAAUUUCCAAGAAAUGUCUAUUGCUUGUGCGUCAAUGAGAGUUACCAGGUAGCUCAAAUGUGGUUCCAUUCUGUAGCAUCUAUAUGUUCCUGAAACAAUGAAAUGUCAUGUUGUAAUGACAGUAAGAUAAAUUAUUUUGCAGACAAGAA